AUGUCUGCCAGCAGCUCGUCGUCCGACAAUUAUGGCCUCCUGUCUUUAUCGCCUGAACCGGCAGCAAACCCAUUGACGCAGAUCAUGCAAAACCGAGCUUCCCCUGCCUAUUCGGUCGCUUCUAACCAGAUGUCAAUCAAUAUAAAUUAUCAACCGCAGCCAUUGGUUACUAUUCACAAGAACUGGAUGCCUUCCAUACAAAACUCGUUGAUACCUCUGGUGUUCGAAUAUGACCAGGAACAUCAACAGAUAUUGAACAAAGCAGAUAAUCAGAUUGAGAAAGCAUCGAAUCCAAGUCACUCGGAUGACGUGAAUGUAUAUCUGGUUGCUGCAAGGGAUGUUUUGACCAAGCAAAUUGAGUACUAUGAAAGGUCUUUAAACGUAUUGGCUCCCACUUCUUCCAAUGGUGUUCGUCCACACGUUGUUCAGCCUCAACACCAAGAGCACGACGAUGACGACGAAGACGACAGCGAGGCUAUAUCUGUCAUGAAGCGUGGCCCCAAGAAAGCUAAACCUCCGCAACAAAGCAAUGCGCGUGGUAUCUCUCGUACUCCUCGUGCUCACAACAGCACUCGUCAUGAUUCUGAACAAGUGCAAAUCUUGCUGGAUUCAUACAAUCACAAGCAAUAUUUGACUCCAACUGAACGUGUCCGUCUCUCAUCUGAAACAGGCUUGACCCAAAAGCAAGUCGUAGCUUGGUUCACAAAUAAACGAUCUCGAGACCCAUCACGUUCCCAAGGAGAAACAGUCCAAGAUCGCUACUCUGGUGCUGUGCCAUCUUCUAAACGUGCUUCUCGUCGACGUGUAUCACUGGCUGAAGAAGAUGGGCUCUCUGAGGAUGAAGAGACUGCUGAAGAAGACUCGAGCAACUAG